UUACCGCUCAUGGACUCUCCUCUUGUGUAUGGAUGAAGUUGAUGAUCCAGAAUUCAGCCCUAGAAAUUUCAUCACAUCACUCAGUCUUAACAAUUAAACCUCACCAUCUGUAAUUAGCCUCUUAUUAUUUCUUCACACUGCCACCUGAGUUAGAUUCUUAAUCUUAACCACUGAAGAGAGAGAGAGAGAGAGAGAGAGAUGGGCAACAAACUUUGCACAGGAAAGAAGUUGGGUGGCAAAGUUUUCACAGGAAACAAACUGGGGAGCAACGUUUUCACAGGAAAAUACAUAAGGGGUAAGCACUUCUCCUUCGUGACCAAACAUAUAGUACUGCAUACAAAAACAAAUACGAAGCAACAUGAACAUGUUGUUGAUAUUGAUAUUGAUCCAACUUUUGUAUGUGACUUGUGUGAUGCGAAAAGUCAUCUCGAAAACUCAUUCAACAUCAAGGGUUGUGCCCAUUUUUACUGUCGAGAGUGCGUUGUUCAAUACAUAGCGUCCAAUCUCCAAAACAAUGUCACAUCCGCUGUUAUGUGCCCUGUACAAGGCUGCACUGGCGCUCUAGACCCUGACUACUGUCAUCCAAUCCUCCCAGACGACAUCUUUGAUGGGUGGGGCAAUGCCUUAUGUGAAUCUACACUUGCAGAUGAGAGUGAUGAUAUCGAUUCAACUUUUGUAUGUGACUUCUGUGUUGAGCCAGUUGAUCUAAAAGACUCGUUUAACAUUAAGGGUUGCUCCCACUUUUACUGUCAAGACUGCAUUGUUAAAUUCGUAGCAUCCAAGCUUGAUGACAAUGUAUCUUCCAUUACAUGCCCUGCACAAGGCUGCACGGGCACAUUAGAACUUGACUACUGUCGUCCUAUCCUCCCAACCGACCUCUUUGAUAGGUGGGGCAAGGCCAUAUGUGAAUCUGUGGUUAUCGGGCCUCAGAAGAAGUACUUAUACUGUCCCUUCGUUGGGUGCUCUGCGCUGUUAAUCCACGAGGGGCCAGAGGAUACCAAUCAGGCUCCAUGUCCUCAUUGCAAAAGAGAGUUUUGCGCCAAGUGUAAGGUUCCUUGGCAUACCGAAUUCAAUUGCUCCAUGUUUCAGAAACUGAGAGAUAAGGGCGAAGACGAGAUGCUGGAAGAGCUUGCCAAGAAUAAGAACUGGAGGAGGUGCCCACGUUGCAGUUUCUAUGUUGAAAGAAUAGAUGGGUGCAGCUACAUGAAAUGCAGGUGCGGAUUUGCUUUCUGUUACAGUUGUGGAAUUCAAGCUGUCGAACAUACCCGUUAUUGUCAAAGCUGUAAGAAAUAAUCCUAAUUAUUUGCUCAUGAGCGAUCUUGCUGCAAUAUUAUGGAGUUUGUUGCAGGUAGGAUUCUAGGAAUUAGAUCAUUGUGCUGUUUGUUUAUACUCUGAUGUGUAACAUCUAUUUGGAUCAAUAUUACUCAAGUUCGA